AUGAGUUUUAGUCAUGAAUAGUUGAUGAAGAUAUUAAAUAAUGAAUCCUUUCAAUUAUCAGAACCGACAACACCAUAAGUUUAACCAAAAGAAGAUGAGACAUAAUUAUUAUAGAAAUAACUAUUGGAAUUAAUAUAACAAAACUCAUAAUUUAAUAAUUAACUAACUUAAAUUAAGGAUUAGAUAAUGAAAUAAGAUAGUAAAAUAUAUUGAUAACUUAGUGAUAUAUUAAAAUUUGGAAAAAACAAAAUAAAGAUUAGAGAACCAAUUAAAAGAAUAAAUAUAAAAAAAUUAAAAAUUAUAAGAAGAAUGUGAUUAAAAAGAUUAGGAAGAAAAAGAAUUAAAAUAAUAAGUAUUAAUAACAAGACCUAAAAAAAGAUUGUUUACUUAAUAAAGUGUUGGCAAGGUAGUAAAUUAUAAUAUGACAUAUAAAAAUAAUUAAAAGAAAAAUUCAGUUAUUGUGUCAAUAAAAAAGUGA